AUGGCUCCAUCGUCGCCAGUGCUGCUCCUUCCACUGCUGCUCGCCGCCGCGGCGGCGUUAACGUUGGCGCCGCGGCCAAGCUCGGCCGUGGACCCGGUAAGCACGUACUGCGCGAAGAACUUCACGAGCGCGCAGACGCAGGCGAGCAUCAGCGCGGUCCUCGCCACGCUGGUGCCGCGCGCCUCGGCCACGUACUACUCGACGGCGACGUCCGGCAGCGGCAGCUCCACGAUCUGGGGCCUGGCGCAGUGCCGCGGCGACAUCCCGUCGUCCGACUGCGCGCGCUGCCUGGCUGCGGCGGCGCGGCAGGUGGCGGCGUCGUGCCGGGGACAGGCGGACGCGCGGGUCUGGUACGACUACUGCUUCCUCCGCUACGACGACACCGACUUCCUGGGCCUGCCGGACACCGGGUACACGAUCAUCCUCAUCAACACCAUGAACGCCACCGGCGACCUGGCCGCGUUCGACCGCGCCGAGCGGAGGCUCAUGGCGCGCGUCGCGGAGGAGGCAGGUGACCCCGCGAGCGCCGGACUCGCCAGGGAGACGGCGAAGUUUGGGUCGGACGGGACUACCAUCUACGGGCUCGGGUGGUGCACCAGGGACAUCACCGCCGCCGACUGCGGGCUCUGCGUGGCGCAGGCGGUGGCGGAGCUCCCCAACUACUGCCGCUUCCGGAGGGGAUGCCGCGUGCUCUACAGCAGCUGCAUGGCACGCUACGAGACCUACCCCUUCUUCUUCCCGGUCACCGGCGCCGACGAUGACGCGGACGCCUCCUCCUCCCACGCCGGCGAGUACGAGACUGUCAUCUUGAACCACAAGUAG